GCUGACAGUGUGUAUUGAAACGAAUUCAGCAUAGCGACGUAGCUCGUCAGUGCCGUUCGAAGUGACUCCCAUUCCCUUUCGGUGACGACGAUUUCUGUGCCCUAAACUCGACUACACAGUGCUCUCGCACGAGGGUUUCUAGGACCCGCGUUCCCGCCCCUCGUGAACGACUUCGUAUCGUUUGAAGACUUUCGGUCUCACGAGAAUUUCAACCCAGCACCAUCGAGCCCUUUCCGAGUCCAUUGUCCCUCUACACGCUAUUAGUAAUUGGAUUACUAUAAAUAGCGCUCAAACGUCCCACCUGAUACAAGUCCACCGUCAGGAGGACCCCGUAAUUAGAACGUUCAGGUUCAUCUUAAUUGGAACUGCUGUCACUGAGUGAAAAAGCAUAAGGCUUACGCAAACCGUCUCCUCUUUUGACAAUUAAGUUUACGAGAAACUAGCCUGUCCACAGGCUUUAAAACCUCUUCCUUCCACACUAUCGUGCCGUUCCAAACAUGUCGGAGGAAGCAGGAAGCGAGAUUCAGUGCGGGGACGCUGAAGUCGAGGAGCUCUUCAAGAAAGGUUUGGAAGAGCAUGAAGAGUUCAACAAGGCCGCGUGCGCAUGGAGCGAAUGUUCGCAACGGGGCCCAGCGCUGGACUUCCGCGAGCUUACAGAGAAGGACGCCCGCGUGCUUCGGCACAUGCUGACCACGGGUCGAUCUGUGAGGAAGCUUUCCAUAUGGGAAAUCUCGCUCAGUGCGUUCAAGAUCGCGUUCGAGGACCUCGAAGGUUGCUCCUCGCUCGAAGAGCUUCACAUGUUCGACAUCGAAUGCGAUGAGCAAGAUUUCGGCGUCAACCUUUCCGGGGUCUUCAGGAACUUGAGUUCGUUGGAACUGUACUGCCCAAAUAUAGGGACGGCGUUCGCUAGGGACAUUGCCACUUAUCUACAAGAGAACAAGACGCUAAAGGAUUUCUGUCUCGGUUACUCCUGCGGAGGCGACGAGGGUGCCGCAGCUCUCAUCGAAGCGCUGGAGGCGAACGACACGCUCAAGAGGUUUACCUUGGCGGAAGUGAAGCUGUCUUCGGAGACAGUCAUCGCGUUCGCGAAGAUGCUAACGGUGAACUCGACGCUAGAGGUGGUGGACCUCUUCGACUCGUGUCUCAUGGAAGCGGAAAAGGUGUCGGCGUUGCUGGAGCAAGACCUCUACAAGGACGUCUUCAAGAGGCUCCGCAUCCUGUGGACCGAGGAACUGCUGCCCAUACUUACGGGUCUCAUCCGUAGAAAGGCCUGUUGGCACGAGCUCUCGGUCCGCGUCAGUGCUUCGGUGGACCGGGACGUCCUGCGCGAGUUCUUCGACGCCGUGGCCGAAGACACCACCGCUACCCUUCUGCACUUCUACCCGAACGACGACUCUACGUUCGACGAGCUUGCGGACGGCAUCGCCUCGGUCGCGAAGAGCACGAAGACGCUCGAGAGAAUCCAGAACCUCAUGCACGUCACCCGGGGCAACGAACAGCAGCUCAUCAACGUUCUGGACGCCUUGAAGGAGAACCGAUCCGUGACGUCCUUUAACAUGCAUUCGGACGAGCUGACGCCCGAGUUGGCGACGUCGCUGUCCGAGUUGCUGGCCGUCAACGACACCUUGAACGAGGUAUUGGUCUGCGAGUAUGAGGGAAUCACCGAGGACAUCUUGGCGACUAUUUUGGAAGGCCUGAGGCAAAACUACACCCUGACGCUUCUCAUGGUUUCCUGGGACCCCGACGAUGACAUCGAGGGUGUCCCCGAGAUGAGGGAGCUUCUGAAAAGGAACGCUCGCAUCCACGAGAAGGCGGCCGACUUUGUCUGUGCGGGUGGCCGACCCUGAGAAGGAUGCUGAAGGAGCGGAUGCGUUGAAGAAAGUGCGAAAGAGCGCCAAGCUCGUUGAAAGGGUGCAGGGGCUCACUGGAAAGACGAGCGACGCUGCGUUGGAAAUGGUACAGGCGGCGUUAAAGACUGUGUUGUGAAGAUAAGACGCGUCUUACGCGAAGCCUGAGUGGCCUGGAUGGAAUUUAUGCUAUAAAAACGUGUGUAUGCGUGGCGUGUACUAGAUAUAAACUUAUUGCGAUUGAAGCCCGAUGGCUUGUUGAUGCAAAGCAGACUAACUCUCCCACCGACAGAGCAAUGGCCGUCAGCACUUCACGCUCCGAGGUGGGCCUUGCUAUGAGCUGACUGGUAGCCCAAAGAGCUUAGCGUCGUUCAUCGGAUGAUGAUCAGCGUAUUCAUGCAGCUGAGUGAUGGAAUGUUGAACUUUCGGUUUGCCGUGAGAUGAUUGAGGCUUCUUCAUUUUGUGCAUAAAUAAAUGUGACGCGACGAG